CCCGGCAGUCAAAAAGAACUCUUGCAUAAUAUUACCAUUUUAUACAAUCGUUUUGCAUAACGGUAAAUGCUCCACAUAGCCUCCAACAUAAAAGCCACCAAGUGAUUGACUAAGACUCCAUAUUCUAUAGCCAACUCAGACAGACUCAACAUGCAACAUCUUUCCGUUAUUCUCUGUUGCUGUCUCGUAGCUCUGACUGCAGCUGACAAGCUUGGCUAUAAUUACCAUCCCGUCGCUCAUUCCGGUUCUGGACUGUCAUUUGUGCCUGGCGGAGCUUCAAGCAAUGUUUCACCCUCAUAUGCAGCAGGACCUGGCCCAGCUGCUGACACGGGGGACGCAGGCUCAGUCCAGCCAUCACUUGUUGAGCCAAGCGGGUCCCUUGCAGAGCCAUCUGCAGAUGCUCCAGAUUAUUCUGCGGCGCAGCCUGAGCUGCAGACAGAGUUUUUCACCUAUACGGCGAAUGAAGAGGACUUCGAUGAUCCAGCUGCAUCUGAAAAGGUGUCCAAUGCAGUGAGCAAGGCUCUGCGUAUUGUCCUAGUCAAGGGGCCCGAGAAUAAUGGCCUGGAGAGAGCCGCGCUGGCUCUGGCCAAGCAGGCCGCCCAGCAGGAGACCGCCAUAUAUGUGCUGAGUAACCAGGCCGAUAUCAAUGAUUUGGCCAACAAACUCAAUGCCAUUCGCAAUAAUGCCAACAACAAGCCCGAGGUGCACUUCGUCAAGUACCGCACUCCUGAGGAUGCUUCAAAUGCUCAAAAAGCCAUUCGGGAUCAAUACGAUCAGCUAGGUGGCUCAUCCUCACAUCAGGACGGCGGUGCUGCACCCGCUCUCAAUUUCGCCUCCGGUGCGCCAAGUCCAGCCCCACAAAUAGCUGAUGCGGCAGCAACUGAGCCUAUUUCCUCAUACAUUCCACCUGUAACUCCAGGCAGCACAUAUUUGCCUACAAACCUCUUGCGCCGUUUGUGAGUCAAAUAUCUUAGCCUUUGGCGUGUUUCUGUU